CGUGGUUCAACCUCGUAAAACCUGUUCUCUCGGGUGGGUUAGUACCCAAAUGCCAUUCGGUCGGGUACCUUCCAGCAGGUACUCGGCCCCGUAGUCUGUAUGUGCAUGCGAUGAAAUUGAUUUUUGCGUUCGGAAUUUUUUCAUAUUAUUAACUUUGAAUACAAAAUGUCAGAAUCACUAACAACUGUUAUGUCAUUUCUGACAAAUUCACAUUAUUGACAAAAAAAAAAUGUCUCAACUAAAAACCCUUAUAAUUCUUUUGGGCCUUUUAAGCCUAUCAAGUGCCUUUUUGAUUAAUGGUUACAUACAUUGCGAUGGUACUCAAGACGAGUCAAUUCAAGCCGAGCUGAUUUUCAAAAACAUUUCGAUCCCCCUUGACUCUAAUGGCCAUUUCCAACUGGAAGUACCAGACAACACUUUUGUGUUCUUCCGGAUUUUGCACCCUGGUUGCCAUUUUGAGACCUCACUGUUGGAAACUUAUCCUGGAUGCAAAAGGAACUAUCAUUUUCAAGGGAUGAAGAAGAGUUUGUGGACAAGAAAAAUGGUACUGCUAAUGGCGGUGGUUUUCAAUUUGGUGGUACUCGUCACAGGAUGUUUGCUGUGGUGGUUUAAAGAUCCAAUUUUGAAACUAACCAAUCGAGAUGGUAUAAAUUAUGCUGAAGCUGGAAAGGAAAAUGUUUAGGAAUUGUUUGUAGUAUUUUGAAUAAAAUUGAUUUUGUUUGUAGCAA